AUGAACCACACUGCCAACCCUACCCCGUUUAGCUACGAGGCCCAGGUCUACACGUCGGGCCUUCAUGAUGAGAGACCGCCCUUCACAUUCAAUGCCCUUGAAUGGGAGGCCCUGGCGAAGGCGCGCCUGCCAGCUGACAGUUUUGGUUAUGUUUGGGGUUCUGCUGGCAUCAGAGAAACCGACGACAACAACCGGGCGGCUUUUAAGAAAUGGGGGAUCGUUCCAUCGCGCCUGGUGAGAUCCGGCUUCCCAAACCUGAAAACGAGCGUGUUCGGCGACGAGUAUGACUAUCCUAUUGCUAUAGCCCCCGUGGGGGUGCAGAAGAUCUUUCAUCGCGACGGCGAACGCGCCGUCGCAAAGGUUGCGAACGAGGAAAGCGUGACUUAUAUCCUGAGUUCCGCAACGUCGACAAGCACUGAGGAUGUCGCGGCUGCUAAUGGCGAUGGCCCACGCUGGUACCAACUCUACUGGCCAGCCAAUGAACACAAUAAUAUAACUGCCAGCCUCCUGAAAAGAGCCAAGGACAACGGGUAUAAAGUGCUAGUGGUGACACUCGACACCUAUAUACUUGGCUGGCGGCCGAGUGAUCUCAAUAAUGGGUACAACCCUUUCCUUCGCAGCGACAACAUUGGCGUCGAGAUCGGCUUUUCGGAUCCAGUUUUCCAAGAACAUUUCCAGAAAAAGUACGGCGUCUCCAUCAAAGAUGACGUUUCGAAGGCGGCCUCCGAAUGGGCACACAUCAUGUUUCCAGGAACGAGCCAUGGAUGGAGCGACAUCAAGUUCUUGCAAGAAAAUUGGGACGGCCCCAUUGUAUUGAAAGGCAUUCAGACUGUUGCCGAUGCCAAAAGGGCUGUUGACCAUGGUGUUCAAGGCAUUGUGGUUUCGAACCAUGGUGGCCGCCAGCAGGAUGGCGGCGUUGGGUCGUUGGACAUGCUUCCGGAGAUAGUUGAUGCGGUUGGAACUAAGAUUGAGAUUCUGUUUGAUUCCGGAGUGAGAUGCGGCGCUGAUAUUGCCAAGGCUUUGGCCUUGGGUGCAAAGAUGGUUCUGGUGGGUAGGCCAUAUGUGUACGGAUUGGCGAUUGGUGGUGAAACCGGCGUCCGGCAUGUGCUGAAGAGUCUCUUGGGGGAUCUUCAGCUGACGUUGCAUCUGUCUGGUAUCCCAGAUGUGACGCAGGAAAAUCUGAACCGGUCGGUGCUCCGGCGAAUGUCUCAUUGA